AUGGCUACACACAACUAUCUCGAAGCGUCGGCAAUUGCCCAGGAGAGGAGGGCGGCGAGCAUUGCCGCCUAUUACGAAAUUCCUGCAUGGUGCGAGGAAAGGUUACCACACAACUUGACCGAUUUCUCUCUUCGGCCAGGCUCUUACUAUACCGAUCACGAAGUCGAGAUAAUUCGAUCGGAGGCCAAUGUUAUCCUCGAGAAGAUCAAGGGCAAGAUAUGGACAGCCCUAGAAGUUGCAAAGGCGUUUUGCAAGGCUUCUGCUCUCGCUCAGGAACUCACGAAUUGUGUCACAGAAGUCCUGUAUCCAGAAGCAAUUCAAAGUGCGCAGUUUCUUGAUGACUACCUCUCCCGGACAGGAAAGACCGUCGGGCCACUACAUGGUCUGCCCAUUUCGUUGAAGGACUGUUUUGUCACAGCGCCUCAUCCUUCUAGCAACGGGAUGGCAGCAUUCGCGAAUGAGCUAACCUCGAAGGAUAGUCUACUUGUGACUAUACUACGAGACCUUGGUGCUAUAUUCUAUGUCAAGACAAACGUCCCCGUUGCAAGGAUGAUGGCCGAAACUAACAACCAUGUCUGGGGUGAGACUCGCAAUCCACUGCAUAAAAAACUUAGCCCAGGGGGGUCGAGUGGCGGAGAAGGUGCGCUAAUAGCGUUGUAUGCAUCACCACUGGGUGUCGGGACCGAUAUUGGUGGUUCUGUCCGCAUUCCAUCCGCUUACUGCAAUUUAUUUGGCUUGAAGCCAAGUUUCGGCCGAUAUCCUCACUACGGUGCAAGGCCAAGUAUUCCAGGUCAGGAAUUUAUUCUAGCGGUUAACGGCCCCAUAGCUCGGUCAAUUGAAACCCUGCGACUCUACUCCGAGGCAGUCCUAUCGGAGCAAGCUAGACCCUGGGAAUAUGACAUUAAAAGCCUGCCAAUUCCUUGGAGAAAAGACGUAAUACAGCCACCUGGUCGUCGAAUGAGGUUUGGUAUUAUCAGUACGCACGACGGACUCGUGCACGUUCAUCCCCCGGCCGAACGAGCUCUCGCCAAUACGAAGGCGGCCCUAGAGAAACAGGGUCAUGAGAUUAUUGAAUGGUCUACUGAAGACCAUAAGGAUUUGAUUCGGGAAUUUGACGACGGACUCUUCAACUUAGGUGGAGCCGCAAUCAUGGACCUCGUUAAGGCAUGGGGGGAGCCUGUUUUUCCUUGUAUGCAGGGCUAUGCUCUCGCUGCUGAAGCAGAAGAAAUAUUAGGAGCCGCGACAAUAAGGUCCAUGGUCGUCAAACGGAACGAACUCCAAAAGGCCUAUCUGGAUCGUUGGAACGCCACCGUAACGGAGGGAAAGCCCCGAAUUGAUGGUAUCAUCUGCGCGACAGCCCCAUGGACGGCACCUCGACUUGGACAGACACAACAGAAUUUCUACAUUGGAUCUACCAGUUUUGUGAAUUUCCUGGACUUCUGUGCUUGCACCUUCCCGGUCACAUUUGCAGACAAGGAGCUUGACAAAGCUAGAGAUCUCGGUUCUAACUUCGCGCCCUUGACGGAUCUCGACGGUAGAAUCCAGGCCGAUUACGACGCUGAGUUUUACCACGGAGCACCAGUCGCGUUGCAGAUUGUCGCUCGCCGCCUGGAAGAGGAGAAGUGCCUUGAAAUGUGCGAAGUGAUAGACGCCGCUCUUAAAGCAUCAUGA